AUGACCCAACUCACCAAGGCUCUCAUCAUCCUCGCCGUUGUCGGCGCAUCCUUUGCGGCUCCCGUCAACCAGCCUCGCCAGCUUGGCGGAGAAGGCGCUGCUGCUGACUCUAUCAUCAGCGACACCGACAACGCUUCAGGCUAUGCCGGUGAAAAUGCUUUGAUUCACAUCGCCCAACUCCUCGGCAGCGAUGCUCAAGAGCCCAAUGAGCCCAAUGGAUUGAGUGGCAGCGGCAGCGGCGGCGGCAGCCCCCCUCCCCCUCCUCCCCCCAAGGGCAGAAUGACCAAGAUGGCCAAGAGGCAAGGCGACAAGCUCUCCGACGGUGCUGCUGCAGUCUUGAACCAGGUAGGAGCGACUGGGGUAGCCGACAUUAUUAAGACUGAUGGAGAUGCUAUUGAUGGGCAGACGACUGGAGAUGGAGCUCUCAUCGGAGAGCAGGUCGGUGGUGAUGAAGAGGAUAUCGGCGAACGUGUUGGAAACUUGGUUCCCAACAAAAUGCCCGCUGCCCCCGGCGUCCCUGCAGCUUAA